AUGAUAUUCCAGCCUGUGUACUGGAGCGGGAGCGCGCCCGGGGGAACGCGCGGCCUCGCAAAGCGUCCUUUUCGUUUCCAUGGAAACCUCGGCCGAGGUCAUAACGCGCAGGGAGAGGAGUUCGGCUCCGACACUUGUGUUUGGAUUACUGAUGAGGCUGCCUUCUGUUUUUAUGCCCCUAAGCUGAGGAACACGCUGCCCCUGGGUAUCAGGAUGUGGAAGUUCAGCCCUGGGACAGAGAUGGAGAGUAACUCUCAGACACUGCCUCCUCUCUUACCCUCCUCUCCCUGUCCAACCACCCCGGGUGGGUCUCUGCCUUUCUUGUCCUCUCCACUGCAGACUCCCUCAAACGUCCACGUCUCGCUUCCACUCUCACCUGUUUCUUUCCCUCCAUCCCCUAGUUCACUCUCUCCUACAGCUGCAGAAUCCAUUCACUCUCCCCCUCUUUCAUACUGCACUUUGUCUCAGUGCCUUGAAGAACAAAACACACACUGCCUCAACUCAGCAAACACAUCUGACCAAGAUGAUCUGACCUGCCUCAGCUGGCUGCAUCAGAGGGGCAACUUGUUGCCUCUGCAGCCCCUGCCCAAAAUGACACCACUGCCUCAGCGAGAGGCUCAGUCCGCCGCUCCCACCCAAGCUCUUCCUUCCUCCUCGUCCAAGCCCCCGUAUUCAUUCAGCAGUCUCAUCUUUAUGGCAAUAGAGGAUUCUCCAGACAAGAGGCUUCCAGUAAAAGGCAUCUACGAAUGGAUUGUGAACAAUUUCCCGUACUACAGGACAGCUUCUGGAGGCUGGAGGAACUCUGUCCGACACAAUCUGUCUCUGAGCAAGAGCUUUCGACGCAUUCACAGGGACAGGAGCCAGUCGGUGGGGAAGGGGUCGCUGUGGUGUGUGUGUCCAGAGUAUCGGCCAGCACUCCUUGAGGUGCUUAGGAAGACACAUUAUUAUCACAGCACAAACAGCAAUCUGUUGAACAAGCCUGCACUGUUAGAGGGACCCGACUAUGGAGUGCCUACGGUGUGUGACUCUGUGGAAAUCUCAGACUCUCUUUCCCACACCCUGCUACUGUCCACACACUCGCCCCAAGCCCUGACCGCAGACAAUCCAACUCUCUCCGAAAACCCGACUUGCCCUUUGACCCCGGAUCAUGAGGAGCUUGUCACCAUGGAGGCGGUUGAGUUCCAGGAGGAGUCUGGCGAGGUGAUGGAGAAAGACCCCCUGUCAGACAGCGGGUACAUAGAGUUACACUAUUACCAGUGUCACCAGUACCAGUACCUGGUGCUGCCCAGCGACACUGAGCUGGAUCUGGAGACUGUGGAGAUCCUCCAGCUGGACGCCGAGGCCCAAGAGGCUGCUGGGUCACUGCUGGACCUGGCAGGAGGUGGACAUUAACACCACGUCUGAUUUAACCGUCACAGCCGAUCUCUAAUUUGCAGUGAGGUGUAAGUAAAUACAACGGACUGACAUAGGUGAUGAUUUAUAUUUCAGUUGUGGGUGGAUUGAUAUUUGUCAAAUCGGCUGCUGUGUGUUGACAUGUUGACACUGCCCUGAAGCUUGAGGUUUUAUGUUAAUAUAAACCGCCUUAUCUGAUGCACUAACAAACAAGGAUCUAGAUCACAUUCCAUGUAUUUAGCUUGGUCUCAAAGUUAGAGGCACUUUGAUUGGAAAAUCUUGAUUUCUUUCUCCUAAUGUAUAAUAACAUCUUUGGGGGGGGAAGUCAAGAAUGUGAGAAAUAAUUAAUUAAAGUGAGAAAUAUGGAUUAGGAGAUAAUAAUGACUGAUGUUCAGAACAGUAAGUGUUUGUUUUGAAUUGUAAUGUUGUUAAAAGACAAAGGUCAUUAUGUUUGCCGGAGUUGUUUGUGAGUAUAUGUUGACAUGCCACUGAAUCCCUGAGUACCUUCUGAUUUUCUGAAACUGAAAAAUCUGAAAUGAAACAUAACCAAUACUGUGAAUAGCCUACAUGACCAUGUAAGCAAAGUCUUUAGUCACGACUCUGGAAUUUGAUUUGGAACAUGAGAUAGAAUAUAAUGUACAUUCACUGCCAUUUAAACCACUCCGCAAUUCAGGGUAUAUUGAUUUUUCUGUCUGAAUUUCUGUCUGUAAGAUUUUCAGCUUGUAUUUUCAAAAGCUGUAGAUUUUGUAAUCCAUUAACAAAUAAACCUUCAUUAUUCACGGAA